GACGUAGCGGCCGGGGUAGCCAAGAUGGCGGAGCGGAGACGGGGCCGCGAAGCUUCUGGAAGUGCUGGGCGGCGGGAAGCGGGCGGUAGCCCGGGUGGAGGGUCGGCAGCAGCUUCGGGCAGCCCAGCCCGCACCCCCGGCGUCAAUGCCUUCGCCAACGACGGCAGCUUCAUGGAGCUUUUCAAGAAGAUGGAGGAGGAGAAGCAGAGGCGGGAAGCGAGCGGUGCUGACGCGGAGAACGGCGGCAAGCGAGGCCCCGAAGCCGGGAGCGACGGCCAUCCCGGCAGGAAACCCACACUGAAUAUUGUGGGAAAGCGGCGAGGUGGGGCAAAGCUAGCCCUCAAGACGGGAAUGGUAGCCAAGAAACACAAGGCUGAUGAGGAGGCUGAGGCACGUGGAGGAGAUGCGUGGGCAAAAUACAUGGCAGAGGUGAAGAAGUACAAAGCACAUCAGUGCAGUGAUGACGACAAAACCCGGCCUCUUGUUAAAUAGCCUCAUCUGCAAGCCCAUGCAGACAAGAACUGUAUUAUAUUUUACACCGUUCAGAUCAAGUCCUCAACCCAUUGCCCUGACUGUACAGACAGUAUGAGAUUUUUGAUGGCCUAAAAUAUGUAUUUAUUUGAAUUUGUGGUUUGACAACAACACCUGCAAAACAUCGAAUGCAUUGUUUAAUUUUUAUCAUUAUAAUCCAGUUUCAGUGAUUAUUAGUGUACAGCCCCUGUUGUAGCUAUCCACAUACUGGUUUCUCCAUAGAACAUAGUUUUCAGAUACUUUUAAUCUUUAUUUUUUAUAAUAUGCACGAUUAUAGCUCCAAUUGUCAGUAAACAGAAAGCUCCAUGCAUA